AUGGAACAAAACGGCCUUGAUCAUGAUAGCAGAUCCAGCAUCGAUACCAUCAAUGACACCCAAAAGAGUUUUUUAGAAUUCAGAUCGUAUACUCACUUGAGUGAAAAAUUGGCAUCCAACACCGCAUUUCCAGCAUCACAACCGGGGGACGAUGAGGGGCCUAAAGGGGUGGCAACUGCAAUAUCACAAGGUUCUGAAUCUGUAGUCUCAUGGACGACUUUGACUCAUGUAUAUUCCAUUCUGGGUGCCUAUGGAGGACCCACUUGUUUAUAUCCCACAACCACAUAUUUUUUAAUGGGUACUUCUAGAGGAUCCGUACUGAUUUUCAAUUUCAACGAGCAUUUGCAAACAAUUCUAGUACCGACCUUAUCCGAGGACCCUGCUGCCCAUUCCAUAAGAAGCCCAGUAAAAUCGAUUGUCGUAUGUUCUGAUGGUACUCAUGUGGCCGCCUCGUACGAGAGUGGCAGUAUAUGCGUUUGGAAUUUGAACGUGGGGUAUAGAGUCAAAACUGCUCAUGAACCCACCAGUGGUAUGACCCCCACCCCAUCUAUACCGGCAAUUUUACAUAUCGACGACCACCUAAGCAAAGAGAUUACGGGCUUAGAUUUCUUCGGAACUCGACAUACUGCACUCAUAGUCAGUGACAGAACAGGUAGGAUAUCGCUUUAUAAUGGUUAUAGAAGGGGAUUCUGGCAAUUAGUUUACAAUUCCAGGAAAAUUUUAGACCUCAAUUCCCACAAUGAAAGAUUAAUAAGAUCGCGGCUGUCUCCCCUAAUAACAAAGGACAAAUACUCCACUAAUUUGUUAAGUGUACUCACAAAUACCCAUUUUGCCCUUCUUUCAUUAUCCCCGCAUGUUUCUUUAGUAUGUCAAGAACCAAUUGAAUCCUCAAUACGACAUUCCCUGGUGGUGAAUAGUUCCAUUUCAUGGACAUAUAACUCUUCCAGAGUCGCAUAUUCUGUAAAUAAUAAAAUUUCCGUUAUUUCUGUGUCUUUAUCUGACCUGAAUGUUCAAUCCAUUCAGCAUUCUUCUGAGUUUCCGGAAUCUAUAUUAUCUAUUCAAUGGAUUGAUCAGUUUCUUUUGGGUGUCUUAACCAUAUCUCAUCAAUUUUUAGUACUGGAUCCUCAAAACGAUUUCAAGGUCUUACUAAGACUAGAUUUUUUAAUUCACGAUUUAAUCAUCCCUCCUAAUAAAUACUUUGUGAUAAGCAGAAGAAGUUUUUACUUGUUAACAAACUACUCGUUCAAGAUUGGCAAAUUUGUUUCUUGGUCGGACAUUACUUUAAGACGAAUAUUAAAAGGUGAUUAUUUGGGCGCAUUAGAAUUUAUAGAAUCUCUUUUACAGCCUUAUUGUCCAUUGGCCAGUCUGUUAAAGCUAUACGAAAGCCCAGAAGAAAGAACUAAGCAACUUAUGGAACCAUUUUAUAAUUUGUCUCUGGCGGCUUUAAGAUUUCUAAUAAAAAAAGACAGUGCAGACUACGAUAGAGUUUACCAGCUAUUAAUGGUUGUCGUUCGUGUUUUUCAACGAUUUCCCAUAAAAUCAGAUUCAAUUCCUUCCCUGAACGUCUUUUUGGAGCAAGCUCUGGAAUUUUUUGAACCCAAAGACACUGCGGUAUAUUUUGAAGUUGUAGCAAACAUUGUUGCUCAAGGUUCUAUUACGUCAAUCUCCCCGGUUCUUUUCAAAUCUGUAAUUGAUUAUUACGCCAAGGAAGAAAACAUAAAAGUUAUUGAAGAUUUGAUUAUUGUGCUAGAUCCCGUUACCCUAGAUGUUGAUCUAGCAGUCAAGUUGUGCCAGCACUAUAAUUUGUUUGACCUGCUAAUAUACAUCUGGAACAAAAUAUUUGAUGAUUACCAAACCCCGCUGGUGGACUUGAUAUACAGAAUAUCCAACCAGAACGAAAAAUGUAUUAUCUUUAGUGGACCUCAAGCACCUCCUGAGACGGCUGUCUUUGACUAUCUGACGUAUAUUCUUACUGGCAGACAGUAUCCACAGAACCUGUUCAUAUCUCCUAGUAGUAAAUGUAUUCAAAUACAAAAAGAACUGUCCAAGUUUGUUUUUAGUGGUUACUCAGUAGAAUGGCCAUUGAACAGCGACCAGAAACUCUAUAUAUGUGAAAAUCCGGAAGAAGAACCCGCAUUUCCCUAUUUUAACCUUUUGUUAAAAUUUAAUCCCAACAGAUUUUUAGCAAUGCUUAAUGAAGUAUUCGAAGCCUCCUUAUUCAAUGACGAUAAUGACAUGAUGAAACCAACCGAAGAAACUGAGUCCGUCAGUAGGCAAUAUAUUAUCGACUUGCUAAUGGAUGUUAUAAGAACCUCAGAACAUUCUGAUGAUGUGAAAGUACUUGUUGCUAUUUUCAUUGCAACCAGUAUAUCAAAAUAUCCUCAAUUCAUUAAAUUAUCCAAUCAAGCACUAGACUGCGUCGUUAACACUAUAUGCUCUUCAAAAGCCGAAGGUACAUUUGAAAUCUCGCAACUAGCUUUAGAGUCUCUUCUGCCUUACUAUCAUUCAAAGACCACUGAAAAUUUUAUAUUGGAAUUAAAGGAAAGAAAGUUCAAUAAAGUCCUUUUUCAUCUUUAUAAGAGUGAAAACAAAUAUUCCAACGCGCUUUUGCUCCUUUUAGAAACCGAUAAUGUUGAAAAGGAAUAUAAUACUGACAUUCUAUCCAUAACCGAAUAUAUACUCAAGAAAUGUCCACCUGCAAGCUUGGAAUACAGUAAAGUAGUUGGUGUUAUUGAAAAUAACUUCGAACUUCUUCUUUCAAGAGUCGGUAUCGAAAAAUGCGUGGCGAUAUUUUCAGACUUUGACUUUAGCCUCCAUCAAGAAAUUUUGAAAGUAGAGACUGAAGAAACUCAGCAAAGAUACUUAGAUAAGCUGUUUUCUACGUCAAAUAUCAGCAAUAAAACCGACAAGCGUUUGAGGAGUUUAUACAUCGAGUUGAACUGUAAGUAUAAGGGCAAAAAGGAAAUCAUAUCAUGGUUAAAUAGGUUAGAUCUCAACAACGGUGAGAGCUUACAUAUCCUCGACUUGGUAACCCAAAACUCUAAUUUUGAAGCUGCAGCUGUAAUUCAUGAACGCUUACUAGAGUUCAACUUAGCAGUCAAAGACUUACUGGAAUGUAUUGAACAGUGCCUCAAUGAAGGAGAAACAAACAUUAAUGUCUUAUCUGAUUAUUUGAGGAAGGCAAUUGAUGAUUGUAAUUCCGCUGCUACUGAGAAAAAGUCCUGUUGGAUAUUCUUGAUUACUUUCCUGAUUACUUUAUACGGGAACUACUCUAAACAUGAUGACAAGAAAAAUUUGUGCAAUGAAUUGUUGCAAGAAGCAUUUUUGGGACUGGUUAGAUCCAAAAGUUCCUCUCAAAAAAAUUCGGGGGGCGAGUUUUGGGAAAUAAUGUCUUUCGUUCUUGAACWCCAGGAUGUCAUACUGAUGAAAGUUCAAGACUUGAAGCAAUUAUUAUUGAAUGUCUUCACUACCUAUAAAUUGGAGAGAUCGCUCUCUGAGUUACUCCAAAAAAUAAUAGAAGACUCUUCGCAGGAUCUUGUUCAACUUUAUAGGAAAUUUCUUAAUGAAGGUUGGUCUAUACACAAUGAUGAUUGCGAAGUCUGUGGGAAAAUAAUAUGGGGCGCCGGUCUGGACCCACUACUUUUUCUAGUUUGGGAAAAGGUGCAGCGCCAUCGGGAUAUGAUUAGUUUAGAUCUCGAAACGCCGCUUGUCAUAUUUAAAUGUCAUCACGGUUUUCACCAGACUUGUCUCGAAAACCUAGCCCAAAAGCCUAACGAAUAUACUUGUUUGAUUUGUGAUACUAAGUCUGAUUCAAAGUGA